AAAAAAAAUAACAAUGCACAGAGAAGAAAUAGGUACUACUUGUGACUGUUUGACAACUGCAAAGAUUUAAUUUUAUAGAAAUAACCUAAUUUUAAUGUUUCGGUGCUAUCCUAGUGAACAAAAUACCUAUUACCAUCGAAAGCUGGAAUAACGCUUUCAAAAUGAGCUUUUUAUUUGGGAGUCGUUCCAACAAGACUUUCAAACCGAAGAAGAACAUACCGGAAGGCACGCACCAGUACGACUUGAUGCGGCACGCGGCGGCCACGCUGGGCUCCGGCAACCUGCGCCUGGCCGUCAUGCUGCCGGAGGGCGAGGACCUCAACGAGUGGGUGGCCGUCAACACGGUGGACUUCUUCAACCAGAUCAACAUGCUGUACGGCACCAUCACGGAGUUCUGCACGGAGGACUCGUGCGCCGUGAUGUCGGCGGGGCCCAAGUACGAGUACCACUGGGCUGACGGACACACCGUCAAGAAGCCCAUCAAGUGCUCCGCGCCCAAGUACAUCGACUACCUCAUGACGUGGGCGCAGGACCAGCUCGACGACGAGACACUCUUCCCCUCCAAGAUAGGAGUGCCGUUCCCCAAGAACUUCCUGGCGAUGGCGAAGACGAUCCUGAAGCGGCUGUUCCGCGUGUACGCGCACAUCUACCACCAGCACUUCCCCGAGGUGGUGCAGCUCGGCGAGGAGGCGCACCUCAACACCUCCUUCAAGCACUUCAUCUUCUUCGUGCAGGAAUUCAACCUGAUCGAGCGACGGGAGCUGGCGCCGCUGCAGGAACUCAUCGAGAAGCUCACCGCCAAGGAGGCGCGAUGAGUCCCCCCCCCUGCCCGCCACCACCCGCCGGCACACACACACACACACUCCGGCCCCACGCGAACUCACGAGUAUUGCGAGUAUACAACUUUUAAAAUGCCUCCUCCCUAAGGUUUGGCGGGUACUUGGCAUGAUAACUAUAUUUUAAAUUAAUUUUGUUUACCUAAGUAGUGUUUAUGCUAUUUACGUUAUACUAGUAAAGUAAGCGUAAAUCGUAAAAAACGACAAGUCUAACAUUAUUACUUGUGCAACUCGAACAUACUGGUGUUAAAUAAUUAAAGUAAAUAUACAUCUAUACUAAUAUAUUGAAGAGGAAUUGUUUUUGUAUCCCACAGGCUACUGUUGAACCGAUUUGAAUAAAAAAAAUGGUCAAAAUUAUUCACUGUUGCUAGCUAGACUAUUCCCGAGUGACAUAGGCUAUAUUAUAGGGAACAGGAAGAGGAUCUUGCGGGAUUCGAAUGAACCCGCGACAAAAUAGCUAGUAUCCUACUAAUAUUAUAAACGCGAAAGUUUGUAUGUAUGGAUGUAUGGAUGUUUGUUACUCUUUCACGCAAAAACUACUGAAUGGAUUUUAAUGAAACUUUACAAUAAUAUAGCUUAUACAUCAGAAUAAUACAUAGGCUACAAUUUGUAAACAUAUUGUUCGAAAUACUAAACCUGCGCAGACGAAGUCGCGGGCACCAGCUAGUAUAAUAAUAGUUUUAUCGGUCCAGUAGUGGCGGUAAUGGCUUUAGGGUGCAAACAAGAAAUGUUUCCUCUUUAAUAUGUUGGUGUAAAUGAUACUAUCUUAUUAGCGUACAGCGGACGGCUCAUGUAGACAUUGCUCUCUUGGAAGCUGAGCGGGCAAUGUGGGCAGGAGUGGCGUCGCCCUGGAGCCGCCAGCACUGACCCGCGGCUACAGAGACCACAGGACGGCCUUCCUAUCAAUAAGUUUAUAUAUAGAUGCAAUUUAACUUUGGAAAAUAUUUAGAUUUGAUACAUGAAGUAUAAUGGUAUAUUUAGGUAGCAGCGGCGACUGUCGCCGUGACGAUGUCCCACUAUGUGAUGUGCUAUUCGCUAAGUUAUUUAUUAUUUGAUGAUUGACGACAGUCUAAGAGUAUUUAUUAGAUUAAAUCUUUAUUUCGUACGUCUCAUGUGUAUUUAUGGUUUAAUGCAAUUAUAAUCUCUUGUAGCAUUAAUAUUAGUGGUGUAGAUAUAUUUUGUGCAUUUAAUAUAUUUUGAUUUCGUGUUCAAUCAUAUCGAUCUAUGUUGCGACUGAAAAGUGAUGUAUUUAAUUUAAAAUUAGACAAUUUCUGAAUAAAACAUUAAGUUUUCUUAAUA